AUGGUUGUAACAGUAUCUGAGUCCUCAGACGAUUUCGGGAUUUUUGAUCAACCCACAAGCCCCGAGGAAGAUCCUGACGAAAUGGGGAUACAAAGAAAACCUCAGAAAAGCUUGCUGGAGCUGAUGAAAGGUCAGCCGGGAAAGAAUGUGCCUGCAAAAACAAUACCAUCCCAAGCUUCAUCUCUUCCAACUAGGUCUCCUCCUCCUGCUCCUCGCCAACCUCCUCGGUCAUCACCACAACCAGCGCUUCCUAACGCUGCCGAGCAGAAAAGGCGUAGGGAACAGAAGGGUAAGGAUGUGGUAGACACGAGCAAGUCUCGUCCAAAUCGAGAGGAGAAGGCCCAACGAGCUGCAAAGCAGCAAAAGACCAAGCACCAAGCCGCGCGGGACCAAGACAAAUCUAAUUCCCAAUAUCCUGAACCACGAAUCAUCCAAGAUACUUUCAAGCUAGAUGAGAUGCUCAACGCCUGUUUCGAUCAGCUAGAUGACGAAAGAAAAAGACGGGUAACGGCUGUACAGACCUUGUCCAAAUUUGAACAGGACUUGGCCGAUGCGAAGAAAAAUCUACAGGUCGAAGAGCAAGCUCGCAAGAGUGCCGAGUCGGCAUUAGAAGGCUACCAGAAGCAGGCCGAGGACCAGGGGAGACUUCUGCGUGAGGCGAAUGCCGAGCUAAAGAAGACUCAGGAGCAAGCUCUAGUUCUCAGGAAGCACUUGGAGGAAACUUAA